GGACGGUAGACCGGGUCGUCGCAUUCAUCGUUUAUUGAAUUGCUUCUAGUUUCAUUAAGGUAGCUCGAGACUCCAUGAUCCCACUUGCCGAGCCCUUCAACAUAAGCACUUGUAGGUGGUGAGCGGGCCCCCUUUCGGGGAAGUUCGAUCCGCCUAGCAGGGCCGUCAGCCCAAUGAGGAUCGUUAGCGCCAGUGCAUCUGCCGCGCGCGGUGCAUCGGAUUAGCGAAAUAAGAGCAGCUUUAAAAUUGGGCGGUGAUAGUGUGCUUGCCAAGUGGCUGUGUUGGCGUCAGUGUUCAAAGGAGCAGGACGGUUGAGUAUUGGCAUUGGGUGCGGUCAGCGCUAGGAGCUGGGCACGACGUCAUGGAAUCUAUGGUUAUUGGAUUUGUGCAAGUUGGUGUAUGAAAGUGGGUUUGUUUUCUUGUAACUGUAAUUAUGCUGGAAUUAUAUUUGUAGACGGUUUGGUUGGAGACCUGGUUAGUUGUGUUUUCUGCGUCUAUCAAUAGAGCUGACGCGUACGUUAUAGAGCCACGAGCAUCCGCCUUGAACACCCACAAAGAUUGCACACAGCAAUUUAUCUAUAAUAGUCGCAAUUUAGUAUUCAGUAACUGUUCAAGAUAUUUCAAAUAUUUUUCUAUUCCAAAUUUGGGCCGUUUAAGUGGUUGCCGUAUCAUAUCGCUUUCAUACCCUAUACAGCCUUGGUGACAAGAUUCAGUUUACAACAGAUCUGGCGCGUCGCUGGCAUGGGUAACAAAAGCGCGGGGCAAGGCCGAGAACCCCUUGGGGCCAGGAGAUACUGCACUACCUGGUUAUUCCCCGAGGGGCUGAAGCAAAAGAAAGUUUUGAGCUUUCAUGCCCAGAGAGUAUGACUCCUCCGUACAAAGUAUUGUGAGUGGGGGUGAGUGGGUGGUAGCGGCCGCCGUAGCCGUCCGCCAUAAAAAAAAAUUAUCCUGUAUGGACAGCCGUGCCAGCUGGCUGUGUCACCAGCUGGUGGCAGUGCCAGACCACGGCCACCACCGCUUUAAAACGACAGCCUGCUCCCACCACCCAUCUUCAUGACUCUCCGCUCUUUGGUAGCAGGAGCACAAGCCAGGUCACACGCCCGGUAAGCGGCCCAUCUCGAAUCUGUCGUAUCUGCCGAUAGGCCUCUCUCGGGGCAGGCGGCGCAGGGCAGCACUCUCCAUGAUGCUUUAAAGUGACCUACCUGGAUGUAUGAUUACUGCCAUAAAUGCGCUGUCGGUUUUAUUACACAGCGCUGUUGAGUCACAUCUUAGCGCACUUUUCCCACGUAUGCCACUGCCCAUUGACCAAUUACAGGGGCCUGCUCUCGCCGACGGGCCCUCUCAAGUGAUCCCCACGGUGGGGCGCCGCUGGCCAACCACAGGCACAAACACCCACACCCUGGACAAAUCUAGGGCUUCUGAUUUGCUGGUUUCGCGGCCAUCAACGCCUGGCGCUAAACCCUUUUGAGCACGCCGAAAAGGCCCAGUCAGCCCGCGCUGCGCCUUCUGCUUCACUUCACGAACUGAAAUACUGGCCAUGACUCCUCCGGUCUACAGCCUGAGGUUCUCUUCUUCUUUCUCUUUCUCCUCUUACGCCUAGAUUAACGUUGCCGACUAACAAAGCUCUCACGCACCAGGAACCUAGUUCCUCCUGCCAAUCAAGGAAUUCCUGCCUCCUAGCGCAAUCUGCUAUCCUGUCUCUCUUUCAGGAUACCACCCACUGAAGCUUGUACGCUGACGUGGUGCGCCGCUCUUCAUAGCAAAUCAACCAACAAAAACACCAAUUGCCCAAUCCGCCAACUACCAAUACGCCAUAUUCUACGACAAAGUCUCUAAAGGCUUCUUUGUGCAAAUUCAAAGUUUCACCGUGGAUUCAUACUUCUCUACCAUCUCACACUCUACCACGCCAACUAUCAUGUCGCGGUCUACUACCACUACCUCUACUCUCCCCCAGGGGUUCUCCGUCUUCCAGCCCUCGCUAGGCGCUCAGCUCCAGUUCUUCCCCGCCAUGGGAUCACAGGAGCUCGAUGACCUUGUCAACGCCUACGUUCCUGGUGCUGCCUCGGUGCAGGAGAAGCGAGCUAGCAUUGCUCUCGACUUCUUCGAGCACACUCAGAUCACCGGACAGUCGUUCAAGUUCUACCCCGUCUUCGCUGCCCCCUCCGCCACUCCCUCUCCUUCCACCUCCGCCGCCUCUUCCUUCAACGUCUCCCCAGUCAACCAGACAUGGGACUGGAGCCAACCCUCGCGAGCGGGUUCAGUGUCUUCGCAUACCUCCACAAACCGUGUGAGCAAGGCAAGCGCUUCUCGCCAGCGUGCUACUGACUUCAAUGUCCUGCCUGGUAUGAAGAUCAUGACCAAGGAUGGCCGUGAUGUGACAAACUCGGCGUCUCGAGGAUCAAAGACCAAGGAGCAGCGCGACCACGCACACCUGAUGCGCAUCAUCAAGGCUUGCGACAGCUGCCGGAAGAAGAAGAUUCGAUGUGACCCCAGCCACAAGAAGCGUGGAGGUUCACAGGUUGCUACUACUGCUGCUCCCGCAAAGGUUAGCAAGGCCAUGUCCUCGCCACCAAGACCACAACCAUCACCACCACAAUCGAUAUCACCGCCAGUUUCUUUAGAAGAAUUUACCUUGGAUGCGACAACCUUUGACCUAGACACCAACUUCGACUUCGAUCUGUCUGCAUUGGAGCCUUCGGCCGAUCUUUGGGACCAGUUUGUCCAGUUCCCUGCUGCCGACGAUUAUGGAGACUACAACCUCUUUACGGACCUAGAUGGCUCCCUGUCCUCUCAGUCCUCGGUUCCAUCCUCUUCCUCUCGCAGUAGCAGUAGCAGCGGCUCAGGCUCAGUUUCACCCUCGCUCCCCAAUGCACCUCAUGGCCCAAUUGCAGCACCGAUCACCCUUUCUCAGUUGGAUACCGAGGUUUACAACGACUACACCGACUUCAACCUGUACUCGCCUGGCUCAACAUUCUCUGAAGAUGAACGUAUGCUCGAUAUUGGAUCGUCGUCAAGCGGCCAAUCCAGCGUUAGCCAAUCUCCUCGUGAGGACAUGAACUAUGGAACCGAUGUCGGCGGAACCGCCGGCGUUCUCCGUGCUUCUUUGGAAACCGUUGCCGAUGGCGUUGGCUUGGGACAGAAUCACGACCGUCCGGCGGCCUUCAAUGCUGCCACUGAAUCCAACAUCGCCUCUGCCGCCAACUACCACUCAUCUGCCGCCUUCGAUGGUCUUAGCUUCACUACCAACUCUUCUGGCCAACUAAUCAUUUGUUGUCCACCUGGCACGGUUGCCGUUGCCAACGGCGCCACUGCUCAUGGCCUCAACAACAACGUCGCUUCUUCCGCAGUUGCAGCUUCGUCUGUACACACCGCAGAUAUGAUACCGGACCUUAACGAUCUGCUUGCCUCGCCCACCAUCAUUGACGUCGGCGCAGGCGGCAGCGGCCUAGAAGGCCCUCUGUCUGAUGCCACCUCUGUCAAAGCAAGCCGCCGUACUGUGUCUAGGCGUGGUGAAGGAGACACUCCCCAGGCUACCGUCCUCUCAAGCCGCGAUGCUGGUACUGUAUACUACGCUACCGCAUCGUACACCGCAGAGCCACAGCUUGUUCAAUCUUCUGCUGAUGGCGUUAAUGCUGCAGUCUCGGUCUUGGCCGCGACCGGCACCGCUGCUGUUACGCCUAGUCAGGCCCUUGCUCGCGAUACUGGCGUUGGUCGCCCUGACCGCGACAGUAAUGCCCAAUAUGGUCUGCAACAGGUCUCUCCCGUGUCAGACGUAAUCGCCACAGGUGAUCGUGGCGGCGUUGGCCGUACUGAUCUUGAUGAUCGUCACCUUGAUGUUGCUGCUGCUAUGGCAGCUGAACGCGAUGGCGUCGGUCGCAUUGACUAUGUUGAUCGUCAACCUACCGUUGUUUCUGCCGCUGCAGGUGAAUCAUCUGCCGGCGCAAGCAACGACUACACUCUUGCCAAGCCAACUCAACCCGCUCUUGGUCAACAAGAUAUUGCCUCGGCGAUGUCAUUCAUCGCCAGCCAGACGAUUGUUGCUGUCAUGCUCUGCCAUACCGUCGCGUCUCUCCAAGCCGGAGUCUCGUCAUCUGUACGGCCAGUGCUCCCCGCAAGCGGGCUACACGGCUGCCAAGAACAAGAGACGCAAUCCAAUGAUCUCGUGUUGGCCAGACCCAUCGCUGUGGUUUAGUCCGUCACGCUGCAUGGCGCUGCACUACCUGUAGCUGUACCUGCCGUGGCGACGGUUGCCACAGUUGCUGCUUCUGUUCUUUUUUCUUUACACUGUUUAGCGUUUUCGUUUCCACUUUGCAACAUUUUCACUCGUCUAUACCCUCCUAGACUGGUUUCUUUAGCGUCGAGCGUUGACGCAUUACUUGUACUACUACACUACAUCUAUUUCUUAUAGUUGGCUUGGGAAUUCCCCACAGUGCUGGGAAUCGGAAUAAAAAGUUCGCGGCGUAAAUCCGCAUGAUUCUUAAUAUUUUAUCACUG